AUGGAUUUUAAGGAGGUUAAUGCCAAUAAACAAUACAGAAAAAAUCACUUUGAAAAAGAGAUUAGAGAUAAGGCAAGGAAAUAAUUAGAAUAGGAGGACGUGGAAUAAACAAAAAAUAAUUUAAGAAAAAAAAUUAAAUCACUUGAAGAUGUACAUAGAAGAGACAGAUCUGGCAAUAAAAAUUUGAGUAAUUUUCAAGGGAAUGGUGGAAAAUUCAAUAAUUGGGGUAAUGAUAGAGCAAUCAAUAAAGUAUUAAAGAGAAAAGAUAGACAAAAAAUAAAUGAUUAAAUCUGA